AUGAUUACAGCGCUCAAGUCAGUUGUCGGAGGACCAGAGCUAUUUUGCCAAAAGAAGGACUGCGGCAAUAUUUCGACCCCGGCCCACGGCAGCCUGACGUGCAGCGGGACCAGGUACCAGGACUCCUGCCGCCUGACGUGUGAGCCGGGCUACAAAGUUGCCGGCGAGAGCGGCCAUCUUCUGCACAGUCUCUACAACUUCAGGUGCACGACAAGUGGACAAUGGAACAUCAAGCCGAGCUGUGUCCCGUCUGACUACUGCCAGCUCGGGCUGCACGACUGCCACCCUGAGCACGGGGUCUGCAGCCUGACGGGUCACCAGGCCUUCAGCUGCCGCUGCCGGGUCGGGACGGUCGGGGACGGGAGACACUGUGAACGGACCUCCUGUCCGCCUUUCCCGGUCGCUGAGCCCAAGAACGGCUUCUUCACGUGUUCUAUCCCAGGAUCCUCUGCUGUCAGUACGAUGGAGUACGAGGUCGUCUGCGAGCUCCACUGUAACCAUGGUUACGACAGGCUGAUCUAUGCCGAGUACUCCUGUGGACAGGACGGGAACUGGACCAUUCCUGUUGACAUAAACGGCCCAGGGACCUCACCUUGUUUAGGUACAUUUGAUGUAUUUGGGAAAGAAUCUAUUUAUGAAAAGAAACAAGACAGCUGA